GGAGUCUUUUUAGGUUCCCCUUAUCCCUGAAACACCUGUCAUAUUUUGAAUUUAAAUCGGUAUCGAGUCUACAAUGAAACCCACAUGGAAUCCAACACCAAUGCUUGAGACAGAGUCGCCGCAGAUCGAUGAUGCCCUGAAGAUUUGCCAAUCGAUUGAGGAUGAUCUGGAUGAUUGUCUGGCCCUUGUGGAGGGUAUGAACCAGAAAUACAAUGCCCCCGGACGCUAUGUCAUUUCCAUGGCGCCCUUCAACGAGGACUAUAUAGUGCCCAGCACGGGAACCGAUAGUUCGUCCUUGCAUGCAGCAGACUGGGAGCUGGAGAUUCUCACCCAGCUAUAUGGAGCUCGUAGUGCCCAGGAGCUGGAUGAGUCCUAUGUGGAUGUUCGCUACAAGUUUAUCAAACUGAAAUUGGAACUGGAGGUGCCCUGAUCUAUUGCCAGCGUUUCGCAGACACCGCAGACCGCCAAGAGCGUGUCGUUCAUUACAUGCUGGAGAGCUCCAAGAAGCGCAAGCAAAUUCUCUGCAGACACUAGAAAAACAUAAUAUUGUUGAAUAUGCUGAUAUGAAUGCAGAACCAAAUAAUAAUUCCUGACAACUAUUCCGUCAAAGUCCAAGAGCGUGA